AUUGGUGCCAUGCAGCAAGCAGCAGAGAGAUGCAGAGUUCGAGUCCGAAGACCUGAUAUGGCACUUUAUGUACCAAAAGCUCGAAGGGGUUUAGUCCUCAUCAAAUCAAGUGAAGAGGGGAGAAAUGGUGAUCCACCUAACUCCACGAUAAAGGAAGAACGAAAGGAAGAUGGUUUCUCACCAAAAGACAUCUUUAGAGACAAACCAGAAACUGAGAGACAAAGUAUUAAUCCUGAUAAAAAAGAGCACAAUCAUAAAGAAGGAAAGAAAUCUUCCACAAAAUUAAGGAAAGUCACACGCCUUCAAGAAAGAAAUAAAGAUAGAAUUUGUGCUAAAAGAGGAACCAUAGAAUCCAAAGAAGUAUUACCCCUAGACUGUCAUCUCAGAGACACAAUUCCUGGGGUUUUAUCAAACACACCUUUGCAGAUACAUUGUAAACCAGAGAACACAGAUGGUUUGGAGGUUGAAACUGCAGGUGUGACAGGACAAGAAAGACUGCUUCUAUCACAACCUUGUUCAGAAAUCAGUGAGUUGCAGAUUCUAGACAAAACAUUCCAAAAUGUGAAAAUCUGUGAUAUCAAUAGGCAUGAUCUAAGUGAGAAAACAUUUGAUGACAGAGAUUUGGAGAGCAAAAUCGGAACAGAUGUCGAGAUUAUGGAAAUACUAUCCCAGGUACCUGAAGUUUUAACUUUGGAUAUAAAACCCGAGAGUAUGACCACACCAGUAAAGCCAUACUCUGAAUCUGGUAAGCAAAUAACAGAUGGAACAUUGAAGUUCAGCAGUGGAAGCAUCACAACUGUUUCUGUUCCAGGAAGCCCUGAUGGUGCCACCGAUCAAGCCUGUGCAGACUUCAAAGCUGAUAGAGCCAGCAAUACAGAUGUCAUCUUAGGUCAGAAAGACAUAGAAUCCAUUCCUGAGACUAUGAGUCAUGUCUCUCCUGAAAUGAUGGUAGCCAGUAAAUUACAAAGGACAAAUGGCAUUUUAGAUCCAAUAGUGAUUACAGAAUAUAAGGAGAAUGAUGACAUGGCUGCUGAGUUAUGUGUGAAGUAUGAACCUUCUGAUACAACUGUCCUUGCUCAUAGAGCUACAGGUAAUGAAUCUAAGAGUGUAGAUGACAUUACCAGUAAGUCAUGUAUGACGGGCAUCACAGAUGCCAUAUCUGGUCAGAUAACUAUAGGUAGCCCUUGUGUAGUUGCAGUUGGAACAGCUGACGAGACUUGCAGCAACACAAAUGAUUUCUCAAAAUACAUAGAAAUGAGUGAAAAUGCAGCCCCUUUUCCUGUAGCUAGAAGUGGAAACGCCCCUGAAAAUUCCAAGAACCUGAAUGCUUGCUCAGAUAUUCCUGCUGAAAAUAUUUCAUCGAGUUUCACAGAGUCAACAGGAAAGUUGACAGAGAGCAUGUCAGAUUGUGCUUCCUUCUUACCUAUAAAAAAGAUUACUGAUAGUAAUUGUAACACUUUUUUGGACUCUGAACUCAGUAUGUUAAAUGGAGCCAAAGCGUUUUCAGACAAUGCCUUAGGCAGUGAUCUAGAUGGUAUAACAGAGACAUUGUGUGAACUAAAAACUGCUGAGGAGUCCAAAACAAAAGAGGAAGAUGUCUCAGAGAGUAUAGAAUUGGACGUGCCUUUUGCUAAUAUAGCAUCAGUAUCCUUGAGUACAUCCAUGGAACUGAAGACGGUAGAAACACCUCCCAUGGAGGGAAAGGCUGCUGCUGAGGAGAGCUGGGAGUCUAUGUUUAAUGAUGAUGGUGACUGCCUGGAUCCACGGCUUCUACAGGAGUUAUCAGGAAAUACGAAAAAUAGAAAAAUCAUCCAGGAACCUAGAUUUGAUUAUUACAACCAUGAAGUUCCUGAUAUUGAUCUCAGUGAUAGUGAAUUCCCACAUGUCAUUGAAAUUUAUGACUUCCCCCAAGAGUUUCGUACUGAAGAUCUUUUACGGAUUUUCUGCAGUUACCAAAAAAAAGGAUUUGAUAUUAAAUGGGUGGAUGAUACACAUGCCCUAGGAAUAUUCUCCAGUCCGAUUACAGCUCGUGAUGCUCUGGGUGAUAAGCAUACCAUGGUGAAGAUUCGGCCCUUAUCACAGGCCACAAGAGCAGCCAAGGCCAAAGCUCGAGCUUUUGCUGAGUUCCUCCAGCCUACAAAGGAGCGUCCUGAGACUUCGGCAGCCCUAGCCAGAAGGUUAGUCAUCAGUGCCCUUGGGGUCCGAAGUAAGCAGAGCAAAACAGAGAGGGAAGCAGAGCUCAAGAAACUGCAGGAAGCCCGAGAGAGAAAACGCUUAGAAGCCAAACAACGGGAAGACAUCUGGGAAGGCAGAGACCAGUCAGAAGCUUGAACAGUGCUCAGUGAAAGGGAUGACUCCAUGGAUUCACACAACAGUUUCCCUGGUCUUUAGAUAAGAGGAUGCUUUCAGACCUCCAUGUUCAUGCACAUGUGCAUGUUAAUGAAAUGGGAGAGAAAGUGACCAAGAACUGACUGAAAAUAGGAAAGAGAUAGACUCCUGUCUGUCUCUGCUCCUAAAUGCAGUUCUUUGGACUCACAUACUGUGCUGGGCAUAGAAGGCCUUUAAAAAGGCACUUGGAAGAUGUGACAUCCAACUGUGCUGGACAGGGCAAGUCCUGUUAACACAGAUCACAUUUCUGAGAUGCUUUAAACAAACACACAACAGAGGAUUCAAACUUGCAAUGAUGAGAGAUUCAGGUGCUUCACCAGCAGGGUGUUCAUUCCUUAGGACUUCCCCAAGUCACAACAGUAAUACUGAAUAGGCACAGGGUGGAACCAUUGCAGAGAGAUGGAGCUGCGUCCAGCAUAUUUGGUAUUCAUAACACAGAGAUGCCAGUUCCGGAACCCAGAGUUGGUGAAUUGCAGCAGAUGUGGGUAGCUGGACUCCAGACUUUGUACUGAGCAGACUGCCUGGGGCUGUACCAGCUGCAUAGCAGCCAGUAGCAUGCCAGCUUCAUUCCUCCUGGGAAGCUGGUCUCGGGAUGGCUGUGCCAGUGUAAGCAGUGCUCCAUGUUGUAAGAAGACAUUAAAAUCCAUUUCAUGACAGAUGCCA